AUGUGCAAUGUGUUUGUAACUGAUAAUAUCAUCAUGAUCCCACAGCCUGCUCUUCUAGUGCCUGCUGGGCCUACUGAUCUGUGUCAGUGUUGGUGGUGGUGUGUUGUGUCGGUUCAGCUGCUUGCUGUCACAGUGUUUUAUCUCCCCCCAUUGCCUGGGGAAUUCCAGCCUGGGAUCUUUUAGAGUGUGGAUCCAUCAUCCUCCACUCACUGAAACUGUCACCCUGCCACUGCCAGCCACAGAUACAGUCCAUCCGUGACACUGAUUUUGUCUUUAAUAUUGGUGCUGAUGGCACUUAU